AUGGCGCCCGAAGCAGUCCACGGUGGGGAGAUGGUGUUUAUUGCCGUGAUGGGCGUUACCGGCGCGGGAAAGAGCACGUUCAUUCAGACCGCUAGCGGCGACUCGCGCGUGACGGUCGGGCAUGGCAACAAGUCUUGCACCACGGACAUUGUGCCCUGGCGGUUCAAGCACGAGGGGCACGACAUCACGCUCAUCGACACGCCGGGGUUCAACGACACGACGCGCGGCGAGACCGAGGUGCUCAAAGAAAUCGCCGAGUGGCUGGCGCUGAAGUACAAGAACGACAACACGCGGCUGUCGGGCAUCAUCUACAUGCACGCGCUGGACGACCGGCGCAUGUACGGGUCGACGCUGCGCAACCUCAAGAUGUUCCGGCAGCUGUGCGGCGAGGAGCCGAUGCGCAACGUCAUCUUCACGACGACCGGGUGGGGCACGGCGCGCAAGGCGGAGCAGCUGUCCAAGGCGCUGGAGAAGGAGAGCGAGCUGUGCACGGACGGCCUGUUCUGGGAGCCGAUGCUGCGGCGGGGCGCGCAGACGGCGCGGUUCGAGGACAGCCGCGAGUCGGCGCUGCGCAUUAUCGACCGGCUGGUGCCCCGGCCGCCGGUGGUGCUGCAGAUCCAGCACGAGAUGGUGGACGAGCAGAAGAACCUGAUCGACACGGCCGCGGGCGCGACGGUCAACGAGGAGAUCAAGAAGCUCGAGGCGCGCUACAAGGACGAGAUCGCCAAGGUGCAGCAGGAGAUGCAGGCCGCGCUGGUCGACAAGGACAACGAGCUGCACUCGGCGCUCGAGGAGACCAAGAACCGGCUGGAGCACCUGCGCGAGGAGAACCAGCGCGCCCAGGAGCUGCUGCAGUACGAGCGUCGCAACGCCGAGCGCCGCCACGACAACGCCAUGCAGGACCUGCGCAUGGCCCUCGAGAGCCAGAAGCUGUCGGCGCAGCAGAAGGAGGACCAGAUGCGCGCCGAGGCCGCCGCCCAGCGCUACGCCGACCGCAUGCGCUUUGACGAGGUCGUCGCCACCAUCCGCGCCAACGUCGAAAAGGUAAGGCAUGAGGACCGCAUCGCCUUUGAGGCCGCCAUUGCCCGCGUCGAGGCCGAAACUCACCACCGGCCCCAGAAGCCCCAGAAGCCCGGCGGCGGCGGCGGCGGCGGCAAGAGCGACCGCACCAAACGUCUGCUGUUGGGCCUGCUUCCCACCGUGGGCAGCGUUGCUCUCGCGGCGGUGGGUUUGCCGUUAGGCCUUAACCCCUUCUCGGAGUUUAUAAAAGUCAUCCGCGAAGAAUUUGACUCGGACGCCAACGGAGACGAUGGAGCUGGAGCCGGAGCCGGAGCCGCUUGGGGAGACCAGGGUCAGAACAUGGCAUAUCCGGACACCAGUGCAAAUACCUACGCCGAUACCAACACCAACACCAAUACGUGUACCGAGUAUGAGGUGGAAGAGUACGACGGGCCGUAG